AUGACCCCGACCGUCGAUACAGUUCUGCACGGCCUCUAUGAACCACACGAGAUCUCUCCCGUCCAUCUCAGCACCCGUCAAGACAUUGUCCGAUACCUGGAGCAAGAAAGGCGGAAUGUCGUCUUCGUGAUCAGGAGGACAGCUGCGAGGUCUCGAGACGAUCCGUUGCACAAGCGACUCCGAUACUUUCUCAAUAUCGUCUCGAAGACGGAAAUUGACUUUGACCUCCUCGAAGCGACUGCGGUCUUGCCCACGACACUGUACACCAUUUUCAACUACGCCGAUCCCGAAGGACGAUUCCUGCCGGAGGAAAAGUAUUGUGCGAAGCUGUUGUAUGCCGAUUACUUGUCACAGGGAUGGCAAGGACGCACCAAGGCAUUCGCAUGGUCCAAGGACGAGUGGUACCCAUUCAUUAAGAACAAACUCGCCAUUCCCAAUGCCAUCAAGGGCCGUGCCAAACCGGAUGCCUCGAAGAUCACGAGGCAACGCUCCGACUCGGGCGCUGCAAAACGACAUGCUCGGCGGAAGGAUUCUGUCAAAUCUGUCACGUUCAAUGAUACGACCAGCGUCGUGGAGUUUGAUGACAACUCGCCCGAUGUGAUCCAGCGCGCCUCCUCGUUGGACACCGGGAGAGAUCGCCAAGCGCAAUCGGUGGAACCGCUGGUCCCGACAGAGCACAUGAGGAGACCUGGACAGCGCGCCCCGUCGCCCCUUUUGCCACCACCUUCACCUCGCUUUGUGGAAGUCCCACUUGCUUCACCUCGCUUUGUGGACGUUCCACUUGCUUCACCUCGCUUUCUUGAGGUCCCGGAAUGGAAAGGCUCCGAGUCGACCCGCAGACAUCGCAGAGACUCCGCCCAUGCACCACAUCCCCAUCUUCCUCCUUCGCCCCGCCAAGACUAUCCCGCACGUGGCCAAAGUCCCAAUACCGAAAGGCAGCCUCAGGAUCGAGCACAUUCGACCACUUCUGAUUUGCCAGCAUCCCCAAAGCUCCCCUCGCCACCUCCUGAUGAAUUGCGGGAAGAGUCUUCGCCUCGCCAAGUCUCCAUUAUAACCCCCGUUGCCACGUUCCCCGUGGAAGAGCUGAAACGGAAGCGAGAAGUCACGCUACUGGAGAACAUCAAUCGAUUACGGAGCCAAGUCGAGAGUAUCGAUAUUCAGCAACUUCCAAGAACACCGUGGCUGGAGCACUUGCGCUCGACUCAACACGAUCCUUCCUCCGAGCAGGCUCCCAGCACAAAGGAGACUGGCACCGCUGAACAGCCCGUUGUGGAGAGUGAACUUCCACUGGAGUCUCCAAGCACGACGACGUUGGCCGACAGUACCGAGCCAGUUGAGGCAGUUGCAAAGACCGAUGACGCCGAGAACAGUCAAGAACUUGAACACGACGGCGGCAGCAGUGAACAAGACAGCAGCACAGAAACGGUCGACAGUAUUGAACAGCACAGCGAUACGGAAUCAGCCAUCAGCACCGAAUCAGACAUCAUUACGGAAUCAGACAUCAGCACGGAACAAGACAUCAGCAGGGAACGGCACGACAGCAUGGAUCACGGUGCUGAACCCGCUGACCAGAUCAAAGUUGAGAAGGCCGAAACCACCGAGGAAGAUGCUCAACCAGCCAGCCAAUGUGAUGUGAAAAAAAUCAGGCGUUAUGCCACACGAGGUCUUCCUGCACUGGGACCUGUUCGUAUGCGAAUCUGCUCGAUUGAGCAGAAGGCCCGGUUACAGCCACAGGUGUGUUCACCGAUGCACUCGCCUCUUUGGUGCAGUGGUGGGAAGUAA